AUGAAAUAGCAGGAGCUUCAAUAAAUUAUUGGCAAAGCUAAAACUCUUCAAGGCUAUUUAGAAAAAAAAGGUGAUAUCUAGUGGUAAAAAAGAUUCUUCAGUGUAGUUGAACCAUAAGAAAAAGAGUUUUAUCUUGUUUAUUAAGAUAAACAGACUGAUCAGAGAGCUAAAGGCACAAUUUUGAUUGCAGAUAUUAAAGAAAUCGUAGCUGAUGGAGAUAAAGAGUUUUUACUUAAAUACCCAAAUAAGAAUUUCAAGCUAAGAGCACAGAAUACUUAAAUAAGAGAUGAAUGGGUAACAGCACUUAUACACUUAAAGAAGUAUGUUACUGGUAAUGGAAUAUUAGAUGAAAGAAAAAAGUCAUUGCAAAAUUCUCCUUUAAAGCACGGUUCUAUUAGUUAAAGUCCUCGAAGCCAUAGAAAUAGCGAGUUGAUUAAGCCCAGUAAAAGUCAUAAAGUUUUAGAUCCAGAGCUAUCAUCUAAAAUUUCUCUCUCUUUAGAAGAUAAGAGACUAGGUUCUGAUUCUAAUAUUUGUGAUUCGCCUACAAAAGUUCAUAAAACUGCUGAAGAAAUAUUUGAUCUUCUUGGAUUAUAGCAGUAUAUUGAUGGGAUUAAACCCAAAGAAGUAAUUUAAAAUCGUAUGAUCUAUGGCUACCUUAGAAAACAAUCAAAGUCUAACAAUAAAUCUGGUUACAUGCGUUUCUUUUUACUCAUAUCGUCAAAACCUCUUUAUCUUAACAAAGGAUAUACUGAUGAGAGAAUUCUUACUAAUUCUGAUUUACCUCCUUGGAUGGACAUAGAUAAACUUUACUAUUUUGACUCCAACAAAAUAUCUGAGAAUAAAAAAACCUCAAAAGAGCUUCUUAUGCAUGAAAUUCUUGAAGUUAAAUAGUUUGAUAGCAUACAAUCACACUAAGAAAAGGGAUUUGUUUUCAUUGUUAGCGAAUAAAAAAGAGAUUAUUACUUAUGCUCUAAUUUAGAAACUGACAGACAAAAAUGGAUAAGUGCCUUAAAUGUUGGUAUUGCAACUGCAAAAGAGAUUAAAAAAGGAGGAGGACAGAUAAAAAAGAAUGUUGACACCAUAGCUAAAAUUUAUGAUUAGAGUGAAGCACUCUAAAAAAAGAAAGCAGAUUUAAGAAAAAAGAUAGAUACAGAUUGCAUGCAUUUCGUUUUGAAUUAUUACGGUGAUGAACAAAAGAAUGACAACAUAUUUACUUUGAUUUCUUACUUAGCUGAUGUAGUAGAAGAUAUGAAAAAUACACUUGAAGCAUGCUUGCAUAAAGAGCCUCCUCGCUAAGAUAUUAUUAAGGAAUAUUCAGAAUAUUUACAUGAAAAGAUAUUAUAAGAAAUUAAAUAAUUUUGGGAUUAGCAUCAUGAAAAAAUUAAUAACGAAGGAAUCCUGUCUUUAGCAAAAUUUUUCCACGAUUAUAAUGAAAAAUUGAAAAAGUAUGUCAAAGAUAAUCGUUUAGAAGAUGCUUCCAAUACAUUGUUGAAUAUAUACGCUUCUAGAAGUAUGACAAUCAGUGAAGAAACAAUAGGAAAUAUGAUAUAAAGUGAAAAGAAGAUCACUGACCCAUAACCAACAGAUGAAGAUUAUAUAUAUUCAACUACUCCUGUAGAUUUAUUUAAAUUAAUUAACACUGCUAUUGAUUCUGGCUACCGUGUUUGUCCAACUAAAGGUUUUCUUAAGGCUGUUGGAAAGUUUGCUUAGUUCUCUAUUUCAUUUUAUUAGGAAGCUUUAUAAGAAGCUUUGGAGGACGAUUUGUUCAAUGAAAAACAACUCAUUGUAUUUUGUAAUAACACAGUUAAAUUUGAAGAAAAAGUCAAAGAAUUUUAGAAAAGAGUUCAAACAAUUGGCUAGUUUAGUGAUGAGGAGGUUGAUGAAAUGCUUAAAACUCACGAAAUAAUUAAAUAAUUUAUAACUAUUUCUACUAAUGCAUAUAACAACAUAGCAUCAAACCAUCUAUGCAAGUUGAGAACACUCUUCUAAAAGAAAAAUUUCCUUGAUUUGAAUUUAGACGAUCUCUUUAACACUAUUUUUGAAAACGCUAAAGAAACAACUCAAUUACUAUUUAUGAAGUAUCAAAAGAAGUUAUGGAAAGAUAUACUUGAUUAUCUUAUACUUUUUUACUUCUAAACUAUGAUACAAAGCUGCAAAAAGGCUAAAAAGGAGCAUCUCCAACAAUACAUUCAAAAAUUAUAGCAAGAUGAAUAAUUCUUAUAAGAUCAGUUUAAUGAAAUUCUCUUCAAGAAAUAACUUGAAUAGAGUCUUAGUUCAUUUUAAAAUAUAUAAAACUUACUCACUACUGAAGAUGGAUCUGAUGUUUAAAAAGACAUCAAAAAGUUAAGAAUUGCAUUUGGUAUUGCCUUUACUCACAAAACUGUUGCUUACAUAUUCCAAAUCAGAAAAGAUUUAAGCAAAGAUGACAUUGAAUACGUCGUCAACACCAGUGAAAAUACAAUUUAGCAAUACAAUAAAGAACAUUAAAAUGAUGAAAAUCUGUAAAGAAUUGAUAUAGGUAAGCCCAUUGAAGUCCUAGGUAUAGAUAUCGAUCAAGAAUAGCAAGAAAGUUAGACAGAUGCAGACUCUUCAAAUUAAAGAUUGAAAAAAAAGACCAUUUUCAUUUCAAUUAAUACUGAUGACUCACUAAACUCUUCAGUCACAGACAUCACCUAAAAAGAUAGCAAGGGCAUUAUUACUUAUACUCCAUAUUAGGAAGAAAACUUAGUUGAAAAAAUUGAAGAGGGAUAUUUAUAUAAAAGAAAACCAGAUAAAUACGUUUAUGAUAAGAGAUACUUCAAAUUGAGAGAUAAUGGUCUUUAUUGGUUUUUAACUGAAACAUCAUAAGAUGUUCAAAAUAAAAUUGACAUAACUUCAAUAGAUGAGGUCAAUGCUGAUGGAGAAUCAUAAAAUCUAUUUGAAAUAGUUUUAUAAGGUAGCAAAGGGAAAAAAGGAAAAAUCUACAAAUUUAAGGCUGAAAACAAACAGGAAAGAGAUUUAUGGAUCUCAAGUAUUAAGAUGCAAAUGAAAUUGUUUGAUGAAAAACAUUAAAAAGAAAUAGCUCCUAUUGAAGCAAUAAACAUAGAAGGAAAGGUUUAAAAAAUAAUUACAGAUUAUGAAGAAAUCAAAAGAAAAUAAAGAGCUUUAUAAUAAGCUCUAGAAAGAAAAAAGAAAUAAGAAGAAAAAGAGGAAAGAGCUAGAUAGUUAGCAUAAAUGAUGCAAUAAAAUUAAAAAUAAGACCAAUAAAUAGCUCCUUCUGUUAGUAUUCAUGAAUUAAGAAGUUCAUCAUAGAGAAAUGCUUCUAUUUAUGCGCCCACUCCCAACCAAUUUGUAAUUUAUAAAAACGAUUAGUAAGAGCCUUUGAUUAAAAAACAAAAUAGAAAUUGCUUUGAUAAAAUCUCUGAAAUGUGCUCUAAUUUUUGCAGAAAAUUUAAAUGA